GCCAUGGACGAACCCACAUUGCUCUUCCCAGACACAGACCUCGACCUCAGCUUCACCAGCACCGCCACCGACCGCACCACCACCACCACCAGCGCCCGCACCAGCCUCGCCCGCACCAGCAGCCUCACCCUCAGCUUCAACGACCGCCUCUCCACCGUCUCCACCGCCGCCGAAUCCUCCUCCGCCUCCCUCAACCGCCGCCCCCACCGCUCCUCCGACCCCCUCUGGUCCGCCAUCCAGGCCGCCACCACGCUCUCCUCCGACGGCCGCCUCCACCUCCGCCACCUCAAGCUCCUCCGCCACCUCGGCUCCGGCAACCUCGGCCGCGUCUUCCUCUGCCGCCUCCGCGACUGCGACGCCGCCGCCGCCACCUUCGCCCUCAAGGUCGUCGACAAGGACCUUCUCUCCCCCAAAAAACUCUCGCACGCGGAAACCGAAGCGGAAAUCCUCCACGCGCUCGACCACCCCUUCCUCCCUACUCUCUACGCGCGCAUCGACGUCUCGCACUACACGUGCCUCCUCAUCGACUACUGCCCCGGCGGCGACCUCCACUCCCUCCUCCGCAAACAGCCUCACCACCGCCUCCCCCUCGCGGCGGCGCGUUUCUUCGCCGCCGAGGUCCUCCUCGCCCUCGAGUACCUCCACGCGCUCGGCAUCGUCUACCGCGACCUCAAACCCGAGAACGUGCUCCUACGCGAAGACGGCCACGUAAUGCUCUCAGAUUUCGAUUUAUGCUUCAAAUCCGACGUGGCACCCUCGUUCUCCCUCCGGGCCCACACGCGUAACAAACCCGGCCCCACAAACGGUUGUUUCAGUUACAACAGAAAAACCGACAGAGCAAGCACUUUCCUCGCGGAGUUCGUUGCCGAGCCGGUGACGGCGUUUUCACGGUCGUGCGUGGGGACGCACGAGUAUCUGGCGCCCGAGCUGGUUUCGGGUAACGGACACGGUAACGGCGUGGACUGGUGGGCUUUGGGGGUUUUCAUCCACGAGUUGUUGUACGGGACGACGCCGUUUAAGGGGUGCAGCAAGGAGGGGACGCUGAGGAACAUCGCGUCGAGCGAAGGCGUGAGGUUCCGCCACGUGGCGGAACGGGAGGAGGCGGGGAUGGGUGAGGCUAGGGAUUUGAUUGAGAAGUUGCUCGUGAAGGACCCUAGGAGAAGGCUUGGGUCUCUUAAGGGUGCCACUGAUGUUAAACGACACGCGUUUUUCUAUGGGAUUAAGUGGCCUUUGAUUAGGACUUACCGGCCACCGGAAGUUAAGGGAUUGGUUCUCAAGAGAAACAAGUCCCACGUGACUACUGUCAAGAAGAGGAGGUGUUGGUGGAAGAGGCUUGGCCAUGCUGUGAGGAGUAACGGGAUCAGUACAUAUAAUUUGUUUUCCCACUAUAGUAAUAAUUAUUAUUAUCAUUAUGUUCAAGAUAGUCAUAAGGUUAGGUAACAAGGUUUGCGUUUUGGAUGGGGUUUUUUGUUUUAUAUAUAUACACACAAUAUUGGAAGAUAUAGAGCAUAGUAUGUGACCAUAGUUUUCAAUUUUGGGUGUGCAUGAGUGACACUGUUGUAUAUGAAUCACAAUGAUCGAUAUAUAUACAUCAAACCGAUCCAUUCAUAUAUUAA